AUGGGUCGCCCAAGUGUGUCGACAAUUCAUUCGUAUUUUAUAUUUAAUAAAAGUUUAAACGAAUCGGCGUGCAAAAAUUGCGAAUGCAAAAUAAAAGGAAAACAUGGCACGAAUCUAAAACGUCAUCUUGCUUCCCACCAUGAUGAAUUGCAUGAAGAAUAUAUGUCGAAAGAAUUGGAAAAAAAUAAUUGUUCAAAAAAAGUUACAAAAAAGGAAUCACAAGUUAAGCUAUUCAACUUUUUAGUACCCAAAGUUAAUGUACAACUCAAUAAAAAGAUAAUAUUAGAUGCGUGUAUUGAUCUUGUGACAGUCAAUGGACGUCCGUUCACCAUGUUAAACGAUACUGGCUUUCGUAAAAUACUGGAUCCUGUUUUAAAUGGACUUCAGGAGAAAAAAUUUACAAUCAACUCUUACUCGAUUAAGAGACAUGUACAUGCAGAGUCGCUUCUCAUACAAGAUGAAAUAGCUAAUGAAGUUCAGUCCAAACUCAUUUCACUCAAACUCGAUGGUGUUACUAGACUAAAUAGAGCUUUUUUAGGUAUAAAUAUGCAGUAUAUAGUUGAUGAUUGUAUUAAGCUCAGGACUUUAGGAUUAGUAGAACUGACAGAAUCCCAUACAGGAACAUAUUUAAAAGAAACAAUUCUUAAUAUUCUCAAAAAAUUCAAAAUUGAACAAAAACAAUUGUAUACGAUCACUUCAGACAAUGGUGCAAACAUGUUAAAAGCAAUAAACUUGGUCGAAGAAGAAAUUUCAGCAACAGUUGCAGCUACAAUAGAAUUGAAUAAUGAGUUAAACAAUGAUAGUAUUGAAGAUACAGCUGAUGUCAGUUCAGAAUGUUCAGAAUCUUAUGAUAGUAGUGACAGGCAAGACAUUUUUUUCAAAUCAUAA